AGUCAGACCCCGCUGUGAGCAGCGAUGUGAAGAGGAGGUGUGCUCUACUUCGGUCCGGUCAGGAUGGAGCCGAAGAGAGGACCACAGGACCGCGGCGUUGACACAAGCCCGGUGACUCUCUACGGGGAGUUCACGGCCAUCGGCAACAGAAAAGUCCGGUACGCGGUGAGUUUGACCGGGAAGGAGCUUAUUGUCCAAAGAUUGUCAUCCGCACCUGUCCAGCGGAACAAGGUGGUCCUGAACCUGAAGGACUGCGUGGGGUCCCGGGCGCACCGUGGAGAGGACAACUCUGACCCGGCUGCGUACUUCACGGCGUACUUUUACCUACUCAGAAAGCGCUGGAUGAGCUCCGGGACAUCCAGGCAGCGAGUGGAGCAGGGCUUUCGGCUCGCUGCCCUGCAAGACCCGCGCUACAACCUGGAAGAAGCAGAGAAAUGGGCCCGGGCUGUCAGGGAGAGAUCUGCCCGGCAACAGAAUCUGAGAGACGGGCUGGUGAUGAGUGAGCCGUCACGCCGUCGUAUGAUGAUCCUGGUGAAUCCUCAGAGUGGGCGGGGCCAAGCUCUGUCUCUGUACAACUCACACGUACAGAAAAUGCUCCAGGAGGCAGGGCUUCCUCACUCACUGCUCAUUACAGAGAGGCAGAACCACGCCCGCGAGCUGGUGAGGGACAUGGACCUGACUCAGUGGGACGGGCUGGUGAUUAUGUCAGGGGACGGACUGCUGUUUGAGGUGAUUAAUGGCCUGAUGGAGCGUCCCGACUGGGAGGAGGCCAUCCGCACACCCCUGGCUAUUCUCCCAGGAGGCUCCGGCAAUGCCCUGGCAGCAUCAGUGCACCACUACUCUGGGUCCACCCCUGUUUCCAGUGAGGAGCUGCUCAUCAGCUGUGGCUUCCUGAUCUGUAAAGGCCUGGUGUCCCGCAUGGAUCUGGUCUCGAUCCACUUACCUUCUGGAUCACGAGUCUUCUCCUUCCUGUCUCUGGCCUGGGGCUUCGUGGCUGACGUGGACAUCGAGAGUGAGAAGUACCGCCAUGUUGGAGCUGCCCGCUUCACUGUCGGGACACUGGUCAGACUGGCAUCACUGCGCGUGUAUCGAGGAAGACUGUCUUACCUCCCUGCUACACUGGACAACCACAAGGACCAAAACCACACGCAGAAGACAUCUUUGUGGCCCGCUUCAAAUCUGUACAGUUUUUCUAAUGACAACUGUGGGCCAAUUUCUGAACAGAACUCAUGCCACUCCAACAACUCAGUUAAAGUAAGGCAGAGAGAGAACCUGCAAAGAAAUGCAAACCUAACCCCCCCUGGCCCCCCGGACUCUCUGCUACCCCCUUUAGACCAGCCCGUACCAAGUAACUGGGUGGUUGUGCCGCAGGAAGAGUUUGUCCUCAUGUUAGCGAUCUACCAGUCCCAUUUAGCCGAGGAUCUGUUCACAGCACCAGACUCCACUUUAGAUGACGGUUUUAUUCAUCUAAUCUAUGUUAAAGCUGGAAUAUCCCGAGCGGCGUUGCUAAAGCUUUUCCUUGCUAUGGAAAAAGGAACACAUUUGACCACAAACUGCCCACAUCUGGUGUACACCAAAGUCCACGCUCUGAGACUGGAGCCGCAGUCCCCCAAAGGCAUCAUUACAGUGGACGGGGAGGUGGUGGAGUACGGGCCGGUGCAGGCGGAGGUUCACAGGGGACUGGCCAGGCUGAUAACUGGAUGAAAGGAAAAUACUGAAAACACUCUCCUCAACGUAACAACUAUGUAAGACUGGAUAAUUUAAUUUAAAAAUCAAUAUUAUGCAUUUUCUGUUGAUACUGGAGCCUAUGCCAACUCUGGGCCUUUGAUGAGGUGUACUGUAUCCUGCAAUGGACAGGAUAGAUGCAAGGCUAGUUCAUUUUAUUUUUUGAGAAAGUUAAGAACAAAUCAGCAUGAACCUAAAUUAUUAAAGAAUUAUUAUUAUAAGAAAUAUAAUAUAAAUAUAACGCUAAGAUAAGAUAAUAUAAUAUAACAUACAAAAAUAUUCUUCUAAAGGGCUGCUCUACAAACAGAAUGUCUUAAGAGGAGGUUUAUUGUGCUUUAGAUCCUGCAUUAAAAUGUUUUUGAAUAGUUUUUCUACAACAUAUUAUUUCAUUACUGUAUGAAACAGUAUACUGUGCAGCUAUAAAAAAAAUCACUUAAAAUAUUAUCAACUGAAAACAGCUGACUUGUUAUAGAUGUUUGGUAUUUGGCCUUAUAAUCAUACAAACAUUAGAAAAAUACCCCACUAAAAUGCCACACAGAUAAGUAUUCACAUAUUUAACUUGCGUUUUGGUACCAUAGACUGUAUAUAUCAGUGGACAUAACAAAUCUUGUAGCCGCCUCGUUCCAAAUAGGAAGUGUUCAUGGGGGCGUUUUUGUCUCCAUUGUCUCCGUUCUCUGUAACUGCUGCAGUGUGCCCCGUCAUUUUGAUCUUAAAAUUUUCAUACAUGAUCCUGGUGUUGAGUCAGCCGGUUUCACUUGGUAGAAACUGUCUGACCUCGCAGCAUUAGGAUUCAUUCGCUUGAUGGUAGGCGGGUACUUUUUUCAUUUAACCAAUCGCUGCUAUUUCGUCGUAAUGUAUGUAAUGCACCGCUAACAGGGUUAACUGGUAUAUUAAGCUUUUCCCAAAAUCCAUAGGAAGAAGGGCAAUAGUGUCUUUCCCCUUGAUAAAAUUCACCAAACAUUCUCUUUGUUCCAGUUUUAAAUCCCUGAUCUCGGGAAUCGUUGCCAACACAGAAUAUAUGGCUCUUCGCUGAUUGGCUGGUGCCCAAACUCGCACUUCUGGGGUUUUUGCAAACCGUCUAGUGUAUUCCAAUUCCUGACCUAGUCACUGAAGAGAAAUUAAAUUGAGUGGAGGAACUAGGUGGCGCCAGCCUAGCUAGGUGUUUUUUGUCUGCAAAUAAAUUCCUAUUCCUCCAAAUUCGCCCUAUAACUUGCUAGCCUCGACAAGCUUCAUUUAACUGGAGCCGAUCGCUGCCUUAGUCCACUUCUUUAUACAGUCUGUUUGGUACCAGGACUGUUCUUUGUGGGAGCCUGUGAUGUUACUUGAGGACUUCACCUUUCAAUGACCUCAACCUUUGUCACAAAAACAAAACAGACCAGAGUCACAUGACCAGCUCUCGCAGUAACCCAAAUGAUCUCUCAUCCGAUCAAAGCAGACAUUUAAAUGGGAAAACACCAUCAUAUUUGAAAGAACAUGUACUGCGUGAAAAACAAUGAAUGAUUCAACAACUUAAUUUAUUCAUGGACAGAUUAUUUGAGUUCUUGUCCCGCUUAUGCAGUAUGUCAGUACUGAUGUGGGAUCCCAAUUUGGUCGUCUCAUUGCAUGCAGAGUAUUUAGUUUGUGCAGCAAAGAUGACGUUUCAUGGCAUCUUAUUUAAAAGGGAAGGUUUGUGUUGUUGCUUCCCCUUCCUCAGUGGGACAAGGAGCUCAUAGUGGCACUUGUGGGUCAGUUCUGGGAUAUAAAAUCAUUAUUUAUUCAUUACAUUCCAUUGUAUUUUAGAAGUGCACAAGGCCAAUUACCAGUGCAGUGCUUCUCAACAGCACUCUCUGUAGUCUGUCAGUCCUCUAGUGAAAGCAUGUGGGUAAAGUUUUACAUCAGAUGCCCUUGAUAAUGCUCGAUUUAUUUUGAAACAAGCAGGUGACACCACAAAUCCAAGUUACAGGUCAGUUCUGUGGAGAGUCAACCCCACUCCCACUUAAUAUGCGUGUUUUAGUCAUUAUUUUAGAGCCAUAAAGACGCCUGUAAUUUAAUAAAGUAGAUAGAUACAGUAGAUAGACGGGGUUAGGUGCAUAAUGUGGUGGAUGCUGUUUUGUCACUGUGAGCUCCUCUGCCGCAACCCACUUUUGUUUUGUGUCUUGUCCCCAGCUACAGAAUCUUCCCAGAGGACUUUAUUAGCAGUCAUCACUAAGGCAUCCACUACCACAAAGACACUACACAAAACAAAUACUCCUACCUGACUUACAGUUUUUCAUAUACUGUUUUAGGGCAUUUUAUACUAGACCGGCGUGCACUUGAGAAUAAGACUUCAUUUGUACGUACAGGGAGGGGGUGGGGAGGGACUAUCAACUAAAUAAAUGCUGCAUGAGGCGUUGUGUCCGUGACAGGGCAAGCCGCUUCUCCUCCGCUCGAUACGGGCUGAGCAAAAGUCCCUGUCAAUCUGUCCAUGUAAGCCUCUGUAAUUUUCACAAGUGGGCUGUAGGCGAAAAAGGAUUCUUUAUAUAUUUAUUGACGUAUUGAACAGUUCAGAGAUUAAAAUACUAUUUUCUACAUGCACAUGUUGAUGUAACUUCUGUCUUCAUUGUACUAUGCUUGAAAUACUAAUCUUCAAAAUCAUGUUUACACAAAAGAGAUUCUGCUGGAAAAACUACUUGAAUGAAUUGAUGCUUAGUUUUUUUGUUUUGUUUUGUUUUGUUUUGACUUGGUGGGGCCUAUAGAUUAACUUGACUGUUACUGAUGGACAGCCUGGAUAUUUUACAUAAUUUUGUUUCGAUGCAAAGUGGGUGUCAGUUGCAGUGUCUUUUAAGUGUUUGAUGUGCCUUGAUAGCGCUGCCCCCUGGUGGUGGGAUGUGUUGGUGGCUUGGUUGUUCUUACGGUGUGUUUAGUUUUAAAAUGCGCAUUGUUUAUGUUUGAAAACUGUUCAAAUGAAUGUGAAAUUUUUUAAAGCUAUGGUGCCGACUCCUGAUGACAAACCACUAUAUCGCUGGCCUUCAAAAAAUCAAUUCACAAAUUUGAAUGUUUUAACUUUUUUGUAUUGCUAAUGCUGUGUUAAAGGUGUACUGCGUAACAUUUCUAGUGGAGGGUCCGUCACCUGAUGUCUCCAUGGAAAUCUAUGUCUAUCCAUGUCUAGAAUGUUCCACAGUCAAGAUUAGGGAGACAAGCACGUUACAGCACUACGCUACAUUACGAUUCAGAUCUGUGGAGAGUCAUACAAGGAGUUCUUCUAAUUUUGAGCAACAGAAACACCCGUAAUGAAUAAAUGCUAGAUGGAUAUGUUUAAAGUCAUACUGUGGAUACAUCUCCAUGGAGACAAGCGUGUGAUGGACCCUCCACCAGACAAAGUUGUGCUGUGCAGCUUGAAGUUGUAAAAUGUGAUUUGUUGAGAUUUUGAUUUCUUAGCAGGCCCGGGUGGAGACCAUACUGACUGAGGGUGCAUUUGAGUUUCAAAGGAGCGCAAACAUAAUACGCUUUAAUCAAGUGUCAUUAUUACUUUAGGUGCCUGAAAUGAGAGUGCACAUUUUUAAGCGACGUUGCAAUGCUGCCUUUUGCGCUCCUGUAGACCCAAGCCUGAUUUAUAUUAUUAUUACAGCUACGUUAUCAUUUACCUGGGCCUGAAAUGGGAAGAUGUCAGUUAAAAUUAAAUAGUUAAUGUAAAGACGAUACGCAAAGGCACAGUUUGAUUGAUUGUUAAGUCGAGACCUGCUGCUUCUUACUUUUUACUGUCCUAUAGAAUUGUGUUUUUCUGACACCGAAGUUUAAAUCAUUAUAUAUUUAAAAGUGCUAUAUUUUUCCAUUAGACAAAUGUCUGUAUUUUCUAUAAUGUUUUUGAUUAAUAAACAAAAUC